AUGAAUAAGCAAAUUCAGGACAUGGUAAUGGUGUGUAACACGUGUCAGACUUACCAAAACACACAAACAAGAGAACCCAUGAUUCCUCAUGAGAUUGUAAAAAGGCCCUGGCAUAAGGUCGCUUGUGACCUGUUUCAUCUUUACGGUGAACAGUAUUUGUUAGUAGUUGAUUACUACUCAAAGUUUUUUGAGUUAGGUAUACCGACCAUUGUAAUGAGCGACAAUGGUCCGGAAUUUUCAAGUAUAAAGUUCAGAGAGUUCUCGGUCAAUUGGGAAUUUAAACACAUAAAGUCGUCGCCACGGUAUCCCCAAUCAAACGGUCUAGUGGAACGGUAUAUUCAGACAGUUAAAAAUACUUUAAGAAAGUCAAUGAUGGACAAAAAGGAUCCGUUCUUGGCACUACUAGAUCUCAGAAAUACCCCAAUUGACGGAAAACACUCUCCUGCGAAUGUUUUAAUGAACAGACAUUUAAGAGAUUUGCUACCCAGACAGCUUAACAGUAAACCUUUCAGAAAACGCAUCUUUGAUCAAUUUUUAGAAAACUCAACAAAUGUGCAGAAAACUUAUUACGACAAAAAAUCUAAAAGUUUAAAAGUUCUGAAAGUAGGUGACCGUGUCCGGGUGCAAAUCAAUCCCAAGGUUAACAAAUGGCAUAAAGCUAGUAUUAUAAGGAUAGCAGGUUUUAGGUCAUAUAUGAUAGAAUUAGAACGUGGUGGCACUUUAAUUAGAAAUAGGAGGUUUAUUAGAAAAUGUAAAAAUAACGCAAACAGUUAUCAAACGACAACUAGGGAAAGCAAAACAUCCGAAAAUAAGACAGACUUUUCGAACUAUAGAGUGAUUCGCGUAGGUCCAAAUAUAAAUAGAUUUCCGGAUGUUUUGGAAAACAGGGAAGAAGCUUUGGGAGAAGCUGGAGAUAGAAACAAUGUUAGCAACUCCCAGGGUGACCUGAGCAAAAGCCGUAGUGGCAGAGUUGUAAAAACGCCUGCACUGUACAAAGACUUUGUAAUGAUGUAA